CACUGGGCUCCCUUGCCCCCUCUCAGGUACUGAGGCUCACAAUCCUUAACGCUAAGUAUGGAGUCCAAGGUGAGGCAAGAACUGUCAAGUUGGGGAGGGGAGGGAGUCUGAUGACUCCCACGUGGAAGCUAUGGGGCAUUCAGGGGGCAUCCUCAGGCCGAUGGCAAGCAGAGAAGAUGAACUGCGGAGCUGUGCCGUAUGCGGGGACAGGGCCACUGGAUAUCACUUCCAUGCCUUGACCUGCGAGGGCUGCAAAGGGUUCUUCAGGCGGACUGUCAAGAAGGGCAUGGGACUCACCUGUCCUUUUGAACAAUGCUGUGAGGUCAGCAAAAAUCAGCGCCGCCAUUGCCCAGCUUGUAGGCUACAGAAAUGCUUUGAUGCAGGCAUGAGGAAGGACAUGAUCCUAUCGGCAGAAGCCCUGGCACAGCGGAGGGCAAGGCAGGCACAGAAGCGGGCAGAGCAGGAACCUAUGCAGCUGACUAAGAAGCAGGAGGCAUUAGUCCAGGUGUUACUGGGGGCUCAUGCCCGCCAUGUGGGUGCUGUGUUAUUUGACCAGUUUGUACAGUUCCGGCCCCCAGCCCAUCUGUUUAUCCAGAACCAGCCUGCACCCUCUCUACCACCUGUGCUGCCUUUGCUCAUACAUCUGGCGGACAUCAGCACUUUCAUGGUACAGCAAGUGAUCAAGUUCACCAAGGACCUGCCCCAUUUCCGGUCUCUGCCCAUAGAAGAUCAGAUAUCCCUAUUGAAGGGUGCAGCCCUGGAAAUCUGUCACAUCGAGCUCAACACCACUUUCUGCCCCCACAGCCACACUUUUAUAUGUGGGCCUCUCCGCUAUACCUUCCAGGAUGCGGCUCAUGUGGGGUUCCAGGAGCAGUUUCUGGAGCUGAUGUUUCGUUUCCACGUGACACUGAGGCGACUGAAGCUGCAGGAGCCCGAGUACGCGCUGAUGGCGGCCUUGGCCCUCUUCUCUCCCGACCGCCCUGGAGUGACACAAAGGGAGCAGAUUGACCAGCUGCAAGAAGAGAUGGCGCUGACGCUGCAGAGCUACAUCAGGGGCCAGCAAGCUCGGCCCCAAGGCCGGUUCUUGUAUGCAAAGAUGCUCGGGCUGCUGGCAGAACUCCGAAGUCUCAACAUGGAGUAUGGGCGCCAGCUGCAACACAUUCAUGAGCUGUCCGCCAUGAUGCCUCUGCUACAGGAGAUCUACAGCUGAGAUGCUGCCCGCUCCCAUCCCCCAGCACAUCCUCAACUAACAAGCUGCCCUAGCCCACCCAUCAGGGCCAUUCCCCAGACAUCUACUUUAGCUUUCCUAAGCCAUGGCAGCCCUACAGGGCCACAGAGGGAUUCUCGUCCACAUCUGAAGUCAAGACCAGUAGUCAGAAAAGAGGUCCGCCCAAGGUGAACAAUGAACGACUAAGGCAACACCAUGUCUUCAUGCUGCUGUCGAGGAAGGGCCAUAUAUUAAUUCAUUCAUUCAUUCAUUCAUUCAUUCAUUCAUUCUCUAGUCUGCACAGGGAAGGGGUCAGACAGAGCUGGUUUCACAAGUGAAGCAGUGCCCACUGGGUACAGGCUGAAGCAGCCAGCCUUGUUCCCCACUCUAGCACUAGGCCCAGAGCUGAUGAGCAGGAUGGGAUUUGUACCCACCUAGCUUUCUUAGCUCUGCUGAGGGUCAGUGAGGAGAGGGAUUGGCUUGAAUACACAGGAAUGGAAGAAAGCAAUCAAUCAGACAUAAUCAAAAGUCCUCCCCUCAGCCCAGAGCCUGCCAGACUCAAGGGCGUGGAGAGGAAAGCAGUCAGGAGUUCUGGGGAAAGACAGGAGAGCCUCCCAUCCUGUCCAAUGUGACAGCUCCAGUUAGCAAGGGGGUUCUGUCCAGGCCCUCACUCGUCCAAUGGAGUAUGAGCAAACUGAGCAAACCACUGGACAAAGUGGUCUCUUGGGAGAGGCCCAGAUCCUGGCUCGUUCUUUCUGAUGGCUUCAAGUGCUCAGGGGAGCCACGUCCAGCUUUCUCAUCCCACAGUGAUGCUGAAGCCACAGUGAAAUCUGUUACGCCAGUGAUUGAGGAAGGCUCCAAGUGCCAGGGUGACAGGCAGAGGGGGCAUCUUCUUCUCUAGCACAGCAGCAACACACCAAUUACUAUCCACAAGACCUGGAAACAAUAACACAAACCAUCAGAGGGGGAAGUCAACAUCAUACCUUGAGGGUUGGGGGAGAGCACGAUAGAUCAGGCAUCCUUCAGUCAGUCAAUAAAAUAUUUAUUAAGUGCCUACUUUGUGCCAGGCACUGUGUUAA